CGGGGAGGUCCGGGGUCUUACGGUACCGAGCAGCCCCCCUGGACGGUGAGCGAUGCCUCUCCACACUAGCCGCUCCGCUCCGCCGCCGUAGCCAGCGAGGACGCCUCUCUCUGCGGGUAAACUCUGGACGCCGCUCCGCUCCCGGCUGUGUGCACCAUGGCAUCAAAACCUCACCCGCCUCUAAUGAAGAAGCACAGUCAGACAGACCUGAUAAGCCGAUUGAAGAGCCGGAAGAUCCUGGGGGUUGGCGGAGAGGAUGAUGACGGCGAAGUGCACCGCUCAAAGAUCAGUCAGAUGCUCGGAAAUGAGUUGAAGUUUGCGGUGCGAGAGCCGAUCGGGCUGAGGGUGUGGAUUCUCAUCUCAGCGGUGGGCUUUACAGCUAUGGCUCUGAUGGCGCUGGUGUUUCCAAACCAGCUAUAUGAGCUGGUUUUUGAGGAGGAGCUCUCCACGACGAGCCUCUCUAUCCGCCUUUAUGGAGGAGCGCUGCUCAGCCUGGCCCUCAUCAUGUGGAAUGGUCUCUACACGGCGGAGAAGGUCAUCAUCCAGUGGACUCUGCUCAGUGAAGCCUGCUACUUUGCCAUCCAGUUUCUAGUGACGUCCGUCACCUUAAUGGAGGUGGGUGCUCUUCCCUAUGCUGCCAUGCUGCUGCUCCUCAGUCGAAUACUUUUCCUGGCGAUCACCAUGGCCUACUACUACCACCUGGGCCGCAAGCCCAAGAAGAUCUGAGCUGCGGGACGCCUCAGGGAGGGGACAGUUCAGCUCGGACGACAAACACGUUUUUCAGAAGGUCUGGAUUAUUGUCUGACUCGGGCUCGGAGCUUCACUCUCGACCCAUCGGUGCCCCCCUGACCCCAUCCACGGGACCAAGCCUAACGUUAACCCCCCCCAGUAUUUACCAGACGAGCACAUUCCAGACUCUACGACAAGAACGAGCAACCUUUUGGUGAAAGUGAGCCACUCUUUACUGGGCUGAGAGGUCGAACCCGUCUUGACACACAUUCCUCCCUCGUGCUGUUCUGAGUGCUGUUGCUAUAACGGAGUUAGCAGUCGGUAGUGUAUCGCGUUUUUUUUGUGUCACCUGGUUAUAUAUAUGUACAGAAUUAAGUAACUUCUAACACCUGACUUGUUCAUGUACAGCUGACUAUUUACCGUUUUCGCUCAAGGACCAAGAGUUCCCGUUGUUUGUUGCCAUUGACUCAGUGUGUACUGUGUGUGUGCUAACGCUGAAGUGCACCUGAGCCUCGUGCGGCCGUUCUGACCCACUAAAUGGAGACAGCAUCAACCUCUCUGUAACACUGACAUCAGCUGAAUGAUCACCGCAAACCUUUCCACUCCAGAAUCUCUUAAAGAUCAGGUUUUAAUCUCAGUCAGGGCCUUUAUUCACAAUCACACAAUCCAAAAGCUAUUUCAAAUUUCUUCAUUCCUCGAGGUGUCAGUCAAGAUCUCGUACCAAAGUGACUUGUUUUAUACUGAUUAUUUUCACGGCUGAAAUUCACACCUGUAAAUUAGAGAAAGGACAGGCGCUCAGCGUAGUUCUCUCCACUCUGCUGCAGCUUCAGUACGAUUCUGACCUUUACCACAAAUCUAGUGUGACGAGUCGUGCAUGUCAGUGUGCAUGGUAAAUAAACCUGAGCUGGCUCCUCUUUAGUCAUGUAGCAGCUUUUUUUUUUUGUUUGUUUUUUUUAAAUAAACAUAUCUUCAGCCUUGCCUUAAAAAUCCAUAAAACAACAGUCAUUAGGAUCGCAUCCUGCUUCAUGUAUAAAUGUAAAUAAAAGUAUUUACUAUUUUGUGGUGUUCUUGUGUACCAAACAGGGAAUUUGUUCAGUAUUAGUUCAAUGAUUUUCAAAAGUUAAUCUUUCACUCAGCGUGUUUUUUUUUUGUACCUAUUUAAGUGAUAUUUGUGUUUUGAUGCAUGCAAUGUAAUCCACCAAAAGAGAACGCUCAACCUUCGUAGCAUACAGCCAACCAACUAGAAAGCACUGUUGAUAAUCAAAGCGGCAGUGGACGGAUGCAAUAACCAAAAACUGAUGAAAAGACACUGAAUGGAAAAGUUAGAUUUAAUGUACUUUGAAACAUAUUUAACAUUUGACUUUUUUUUUUCACCCAGUAAGUUAAUUCACUCCGUAUCCUACCUCCGGACACACGGCAUGCCCUCAGGUACGAGGCGUCCAGGCUCUCUUUUAGAGCUCUGCCAGUAUUUGGUCAACUGUGACCUCUGCUGCUCAAACCCUGUGCCCCAUUCAUUUUAGAAUUGAACUUGAAACUUCGUUUUCAGUCGAAACAUGGAACGCACUGUCUCCAAAGGUGGUCCGUAUUGUUGUAAAUGACCACGUUGGGUCCUGCCGGAGAAGGGAGUGUUCCUGAGGUCAGACUAAUUGUGGGUUUGCAGCGGCGAGUCCAGCGCCGAAGGCAGAUGUGCUUGUUAUUUGGGCAAGCUCUCAGUUCAGAUAGGGACCGUGAAACAUGGGUGAGGUCUCCCGUCCCCCUGAAAAGUAGUAGUUAUCCUUUCGCCAGCGUUUAAUUAGACACGGCUCUCCUCGCAGACAUUGUGCGCCUCAGCCUACGAUCCUGCUCCAGUCUUGACUAGCACGAUAAUUAUUGAGCUUCAGAAAAAAAAAAAAAAAAUCUCAGUUCGUUUCCGUCAAUACUCGAGGUUUCAAAUCAUCAGCCUUGUGAAACGUUCAAAGGUUUGCAGAGCAG